UCCCCGGAGUGAGCGAUGUUGGGGCGGCAAAAGUCCUCGUACGUGAAUGUCUGUGAUUGUUCAGAGGUUAACCACGUAAAAUCAUUCCAAACAGAUCGUCAAGUGAAUUAAUUUAUGAGUUUUUCUGCAUCAUCAAUUAUUUAACAGCAUUUAUUCAACAUGGACACUGCGAAAUUACUCCAGAAGAAGCGUCGCGCAAAGACGAAAGGAGACUUCAAAAUCGUCGCAGAAGUGUCAAAAGACCUCGGCGACAUAUACUUCCAAACAGGCAACUAUCCAGAGGCCCUCGAGCAGUACAAGGACCAAGUCCAAGCCUGUGAGAUCCUGAACGACCCCCUGGAAGUGGCCAUCGGUAACCGAAUGAUCGGAGAGGUCCUCACAAGCUUGGACCGCUUCGAAGAGGCUCUGAUCUACCAGAACCUCUACCUGGUAGGUGCAAUCCAAGCCGACGACCUCAUAGAGCAGCAGAGGGCUUACGCCACCCUGGGUCGUACCCAGUUCUGCCUAAGUCAGUUCCUUGAAGACAGGGCGCAGAAACGCGACGCCCUGAAUGCCGCCAAGAACGCCUACAUAACGAGUCUGAAAACCUGCGACAAAUUCGAAGAGUCCGGAGCGCAAAUCGACACGAAAGAGGUGAUGACAAUGCGAGCUAGACUCCUCUUGAACCUCGGUCUCGUCCUCGAAGCGAAGAAACAACCUGACAAGGGAAUCCAACUGAUUGAAAAAGCUGCACGUCUCUGUGAACAGAAUAAUCUCCAUGAAGACCUACACCGGAGCAACGUCUCCCUGGGGGCCCUCCACGAACGUUUAAAAAAUUACUCCUCAGCCCAAGAGUUCUACCAGAAAGCAGCCAAGGUCGAGGACUUCACUCUGAAAGAAAGAGCUCGCCUGCACGAAGCAGAACUCCUGGUGAAAUGGGGAAAGUGGAGUGAAGCCAGGAAAAUUCUCGUCCAAUUGUACGUCCACCACAAGAACUCUCCAUCGAUCCUGGAGACAGCCUCCAAACUCCUGAAGAUCGUCGCAGUAAUCCAAUCUAGCGAAGUAAAACUGAAGACAGAGGACAACAAUCGCAAGAGACUGGAGAUCUACGAGAGCAUGGGUGACGCUGCGUCAGCUGGGAAUGCUUUUGAGAAAGCUCUGGACUAUUACAGGGACAUGCUGGCUUGUGUUGAGAUCGGUGACAUCGAGGAGAAGCUUGCUCCUGCCCUGGUGAGCCUCGCCCAAACGUUGAAAGACCUGGAGAAGUACGACGAGGCUGUCAUUUACGCUAAGAAAGAAUUAGAACUCUGUAAGGACCCCAAGGAGAUCUGCAGAUCCGCCCUCUACCUCGGGGAGUUACUCGUCCUGACGAGUUCCCCAGACACUCAGAUCGAUGAAGCCUUCACCACUGCUCUGAACAAUGCUGAAAAAUCAGGGAACUUGUCCCUGAAAUUAUCGGUCCUCAAGAGCAUGUUGGAUUACUCUGAAUCUAAAGAGGACAAGGAGACCUCUUCGGAAUUGAAACAACAAAUUUCAGAUCUGAAGGAGCAAAUUCCCGGUGAUGAGUCGAGUGAUGAAGAGGACCUGGAGACUUCUCUGAACGACAUUAAAAUCGAAAUCGAUGAUCUGUCAGACGUCGAGGAGGAGAUGCAGAGGAAGGGGGAGAGAACAGUGAGGAAGAGUCGUCCCAAACGUGUGGAGUUCAAGAGGAAUAUCAAAGGAGAGAUGCCCCUGCAGAUCGCCUGCAUCGAGGGGAACAAGAAGAAGGUUCAAGAGCUCCUGAAACAGGGGCACCCAGUCAAUUGCAGGGAUUACUGUGGCUGGACACCUCUGCACGAGGCAGCCAACUACGGGUACAUUGAGAUCGCUGAGCUACUGUUGAAGCAUGGAGCUGAUAUCAAUGAUCCUGGGGGUCCUCAGUGUGGUGGGAUUACUCCACUGCACGAUGCUGCUGUAUGUGGCCAUACUGUUGUCAUUAAUUUCCUGAUUGAACAAGGAGCAGACCCCAGACUGAAGACUGCUAAAGGGGAGACUGUGCUGGAUUGCCUGGAGGGCUGGAGGAAAAAAGAGGGGGUGCUGAGCCCUGAGGACGAGGCUGAGUACCAGAUCAUCAGAAAUAAGUUGAAAUUGAUCAUUCCUAGGACGCCCAAGCCGUCGCCAAAGGGUGGGACCAACCCAAAGGCUUCCUCUCUCCAGCCUCUGAUUGAUCCAGAUGGAAAUGCUGACGACCCCCCGAUGAUCCCCCCAGACCUACCUGAAGAGAAAAGAAUAUCUGCUGGAGAGGACUACAGGAGAACCAUCGAGAGUCUAAAAUCAAACAGAUCGAGGAUCAUGACACCUAAGAGUCCGAAACGAAAUGUUGCUCCUUUGAUCGAUAGUGAGGAAGCUCUGAUUGACGAAGACAAUUGGCUGGAAGAGGACCUUGAGGUGCCAACCCCCAAACGAAGGAGCACCUCCAGCAACGAGACCCCAGGCUCUGUCAAACGAAAAUCCAAUAAUUUGACUCCAAACGAGGAUAAAAACCCCAAGAGAAGAAGGACCAAUGAUGCUGAUGAGGUGGAGGUCUUGGGGGAUAGUGAGAACAGUCGAGACAGUGUUCUCUCUGGAAAUUCAGAUAUUUUCAAUGUUAGUACAUCCAAUUCCUCACGAAUUCACAGGACGAAACCCAAGCAGAAAUCGUUGUUGGCUGCUGGAUUCACCAGGAGUUUGGACUCCAGAACUCCAUCACCAGUGUUUCAUUAUCCAGAUCCGAUUGGCUCGCAGAUGAGGGGCCAGAGGCUUGAUAUCCAGGGGAGACAGUCGGAUUCAGUGAGAAUUGAAGUUGAGUUGGAUGACAGUAUUAUUAAGACUAAAUUGAGGAUUCAGGAUGACAGCGAGAGUUUAAUUACGAAUUUGAUGAAUAACGUCGUGGGAAAGUUUGAGGAGAGGACUGGGUGUCGAGGGAGAGUCGAGUUGACGACGUCUUCUGGUAAUGUUCUCCAAGCUGAUAACAUCGUUAAUAUUAUUUAUAAGAAUGAAGGGGUUCUCCGGCUUGCUGGACGAGUGCUGGACCUCCAGGUGCCAUCAAUUGUCGAGCGUUUCGAGAAGAUUUGCAGAGCCAUGAAGGUCGAGGUGGAUGAUCCCGAGCUUUUGAGGUCACUCAAGUCGUGUAAAAAUACUGGAAUCUUCAGACUGAGGAGUGACGAGGGCUUGGAUCUUGAAUUGAUGCCCAUUUUGAGGAGUCUGGAGUAUGAGAAGAGUCUUCAGGUGCUGCACUUGUCCUCAGGGAUUUUGUAUAAUCUAGGGGAGAGUGUCAACGAGACACUGGGGAGGCUGACAGCUCUUCAGGAGCUGCAUCUACAAGGCUGCGAUAUUGAUCAUCAAUUUUUAGGGGCCAUUGAUCAUUUACCUUCUCAACUACGAGUGCUGGAUCUGAGUUACAAUCCACUGGGGCCAGAGAGCCAGGAGAAACUUGGGGAAUUGAUUGCACCUCUGAGGUACCUCCAGACUCUCAACUUACGAUCUUGUCGGUUGGAGAGGUUCCCAGCAACAACAAUCAGCUCAAGUCUCGUGAAUCUUGAUGUUUCUGGGAAUUUUAUCCAAGGAGAUAGUGUGGAGUGCUUCCUCCAGAGGCAGAUCGUCAAUUUGAGUAUCUCGAAUACGUAUAAUCCAGGGAAUUCAAUUCUGGAGGUCAUGAUGAGCGGACUGAAGUCGAUUUUCAUGAGUCUGGAUACUCUGGAACUUAGUGGAUGUAAUCUGAGGAAUUCUGAUGUGCUGGAGGUGCUGGAGAAGUGCCCGAAUUUAUCGAAAUUUGUGCUGGGAGAUAAUCCUGAGGUGACUCAAGUGUCGUUGGAGGCUUUAGUUGGGAGGAGACCUACUCUGAUGCUGAUCAAUGUCACUGGGUGUGAGAAGAUCACGAGGAUUCCCAGUUUCGGGUUGACGAUUCAAAAUCCCUCCGUUUGCACUCUGAUGGCUAGCUUUUCUGAGGAAGUUUGCAAUGCGUGGAGGGAUCUGUGGGGUCAUCAAGCUAUUUUUUAUAGACAACCGCAUGAUAUUGUUAUCAUAAGGCCAUUCACGUGAUUUUUUUUUCUAUUCUUUUUUUUUUGGCAAUUUGAUUUUUUCAUCGUUACUUCAUUGGUCAUUUGUGUAAUUUAUUACCCAUUUUAUAAUGAAUCACUUCGAUAUUUAUGUAACUAUUUUCAAGUUUUUUUGAAAGUGUAGCAGAUAGACUUUUGUUCAAAGUGGAAACUUAUUUUUGGAGGCCCUCUUUUUUGUGGCCGAAGAGCUGUAGGAAUUAAAAUUCCCAGCUUCGAGUUGACAAUUUAUAUUCCCUCGUACGUGGAGGGAUCUAUGGGGUCAUCAAACUACUUUGUAUAAACAAUUGCAUAACAUUGUUAUUAUAAGGCCAUUCACGUAAUUUUUUUUCUAUUCUUUUUUUCUCAAUUUUAUUUUUUCAGUGUUACCUCAGUGGCCAUUUGUACAAUUUGUUACCUACUUUACAAUGAAUAUGUUCAAUAUUUAUGUAACUAUUUUCAAAAUGUUUUGAAAGUAUAUCGAAUAGGCUUUCGUUGAGAGUGGGAAUUAGUUUUUUUAGGUCCUCUUCUUUGUCUCCGAGGAGCCACAAAAAACUUAUGUGAUAGGAUGCGUCCUGAAAGGAAAAGAUUUAGGGAAUAAGUUUACUAACUCUUUUGAAAGUGUGAGGAGAUGUAUAUGUUGUAAAAUAAAAUGUAGAAUAAAUUCGAUAUACCUCGUAGAAAGGAGGCAGC